AUGGUUAAUUUUCUUGCUUCUAAUUUGAUGCGUCUCCCUUUGCGUGUCGCUGGACGCCGUGUUCCUGGUCGCUUUUCCGCUUCUCAAGUCCGCUCUUAUGGUAAGGACUUGAAGUUUGGUGUUGAUGCUCGUGCUUCUCUCCUCUCUGGUGUCGACACUUUGGCUAGGGCCGUUUCCGUUACUUUGGGCCCUAAAGGCCGUAAUGUCUUGAUUGACCAAGCCUUUGGUUCUCCCAAGAUCACUAAAGACGGUGUUACCGUCGCUAGAAGUGUAAGCUUGAAGGAUAAAUUUGAAAACCUCGGCGCUCGUUUGGUUCAGGAUGUUGCCAGCAAGACUAAUGAGGUUGCCGGUGAUGGUACCACUACUGCCACUGUUUUGGCCCGUGCCAUCUUCUCUGAGACCGUGCGUAACGUUGCCGCUGGUUGCAACCCUAUGGAUCUACGUCGUGGUAUCCAAAUUGCCGUUGAUAACGUUGUUGAGUUUCUUCAAGCAAACAAACGCGACAUCACAACUGCUGAGGAAAUUUCUCAAGUCGCUACCAUUUCCGCUAACGGUGACAAACACAUUGGUGAAUUGCUUUCCAAGGCCAUGGAACGUGUCGGCAAGGAGGGUGUCAUCACUGUCAAGGAAGGUCGUACCAUUACCGACGAGCUCGAAGUCACCGAAGGUAUGAAGUUUGACCGCGGCUACAUCUCUCCUUACUUUAUGACUGAUGUCAAAUCUCAAAAGGUUGAAUUUGAAAACCCAUUACUUCUUUUAUCUGAAAAGAAGAUUUCCGCCGUUCAAGAUGUCUUACCCGCCCUUGAGCUUUCCGCCCAGCAACGUCGUCCUCUUGUUAUUAUUGCCGAGGAUGUCGACGGUGAAGCUCUCGCUGCUUGCAUUUUGAACAAGCUUCGUGGUCAACUUCAAGUCGUCGCUAUUAAGGCCCCCGGCUUUGGUGACAACCGCCGUAACAUGCUCGGUGAUUUGGCUGUCUUAACCGACAGUGCCGUCUUUAAUGACGAAAUUGAUGUUUCCAUUGAGAAGAGUCAACCUCAUCACUUUGGUAGCUGUGGCUCCAUCACCGUCACCAAGGAAGACACCAUUAUUAUGAAGGGUGCUGGUGAUCAUAUAAACGUUAACGAACGUUGUGAACAGAUUCGUAGCGUCUUGGCUGACCCUAGCCUCAGUGAAUAUGAAAAGGAAAAGCUUCAAGAACGUUUGGCUAAAUUGAGCGGAGGCAUCGCCGUUAUCAAGGUCGGUGGUUCUUCCGAAGUCGAAGUCAACGAAAAGAAGGAUCGUAUCAUUGAUGCUUUGAAUGCCGUAAAGGCUGCCGUUUCCGAGGGUGUUCUCCCCGGUGCUGGUACUUCUUUCGUCAAGGCUAGUCUUCGUUUGAAUGAUAUUGCAACUGCUAACUUUGAUCAAAAAUUGGGUGUGGACAUCGUCCGUAAGGCUAUCACCAGACCUGCCCAAACUAUCCUUGAGAAUGCCGGAUUGGAGGGCAACUUAAUUGUCGGAAAGCUCAAAGAAUAUUACGGAAAGGAGUUUAAUAUUGGUUAUGACAUUGCCAAGGAUCGCUAUAUUGACUUGAAUGAAAUUGGUGUUCUUGACCCUUUGAAGGUUGUACGCACCGGUUUGGUCGAUGCUAGUGGUGUCGCCUCCUUGAUGGGUACUACUGAGUGUGCCGUCGUUGAUUCCCCUGAAGAAUCCAAGCCUCCCAUGGGUGGUGGACCUGGCGCCAUGGGUGGUAUGCCAGGAAUGAUGUAA